CUAUUCCAACACUGCACAACAAAGAUUCCUUCUUUUUUUUUUCCUAUAAAAUCCCACAAUUUUUUAUGUAACAAAAAAAAAACAUAGCACAAACAAACAUAGUUUUCAUUGCUCACUCUCUUAUUGCUAUAUACACCCCCCUCUUCACAACCAUGGCUUCAGAUUCCAAAUCAAAUCUUAAAAUCACCAUACAAAGCCAUCCUUCAGAAUCAACCUUAGCUGAACUCAACAUCAAGUGUUGGCCCAAAUGGGGGUGUUCACCAGGUAAAUACCAGUUAAAGUUUGAUGCAGAGGAAACAUGCUAUCUGUUGAAAGGAAAAGUUAAAGCAUACACAAAAGGGUCAUCAGAGUAUGUAGAGUUUGGAGCUGGAGAUCUUGUGACAAUUCCAAAAGGACUAAGUUGUACUUGGGAUGUUUCUGUUGCUGUUGAUAAGUACUACAAAUUUGAAGCUUCAUCAUCUUCUUAAGUGAUUCUUGGGAUUAAGUUAGAUUUAGUACAAGUAACAGCUUUUUUAUUCUUUCUUUCUUUCUUUCACAGUUUUGCUAAUUUUGUGGAAGGAUUAGAGGGUUUGGAUUUUUAUGAAUGUUUGGUUUUGUGGGGAAAGAGUGAGUUUUAGUCAAAGGAAGAACCAAUCAGUCAAAUGAAUAACUGUCUUGUUCAAACUAGACAUCUUUAAAGUGUUUAAUAUAAUAAUAUUAUAAUACUGUUUUUUUUAA